UCUCGCCUAGACACUAAAUACACGGAACAACUUGUUCUAUAACACUAAACUAAUCACCAUGGAAUCCGCCCAGACAACUUCCAACACCGCCGCAUCCGACAGGAUAAACAGCGCUCUAGCAACUCUCAGGAGUGAAAUGCUAGAUCUUAGACAACAAGAUGUGCAGUUGAUGAAACAGUUACUGUCAAUCAAUGACAACAUCAAAACGCUGUCCAAACGGAAACGAAGCUCUAGUACACCAUUAAGAAAGAAACUCGCCCUGAUCAACGGCCGAAUGACAUUCGUGAAUAUUGACGAGCCCAUCUCUAACAGACAAACUCAAAGCUUUAUGUCCAGAGGUAGAACCGGAUCUCUCUCUAGCAUUGAAGAUACAUCCAGCUCCACGGAAGACUUGAGUUCAAUUGAUUCUGACAGUGACGAGAGCUUAUGUGGAACCAUACAUAGCCAUUAGGAGGGAAUCGUGCUUUAAUCCGUAUCCAAGAUCAGGAAACACGAAUUGAUACUGACCGAAAUAACAACAACAAAAACU